CCCUACUCAUCUCUGCUUGACAUACUCCCACCAGAGAUGAGUGGCUCAUCUCUGAAGAAUAUCGGCCUAUUAGCAAUCUCCCUAUUCAUCUCUGAUACAACUUUUAAAUCGAUGUAUGAAGUAGCUGCCUUGCAUAUUUUAUAUUUGCGUGUAUACUAUGGUUAUUAAUGAUGAGUAAAAAAUGGUAAUAUACGCAUUUUGGAACUGUUUAUAAAUUCAGCAGUUAAAAAAUGUCUACGGUAUACCCCACAUUACCGCGUUCGGCUAUACGCGAUAGCUUUGAUGAUGAUGACUUGAGCGACGUUGAUGAUGAAGUAUUUAUUCGAGAUGGAAAAAAUGGAAUAUUGAAAUUGGACGAUGAUGGAGGAGUGAAGAGGCCUCUUAUGGCACCGCGUAGAAAAUAUCGUACAUCACGUAUUUCAGAUAAACAAGGAUUUCCAUACAGAGCUCUCGUAGCACCCUUCUUGUAUGGUCUUUUGGCAUUAUUUGUUCUACUUGGAUUGAUUAUACUUGUUAUAUUUGCUGUGAGCAUAUUUCCCAUGCCAUUAACCAUACUUAAAAAUUGGCUAUCACGGGAAGCUGAUACCGAUAUCAAGAAUCUAGAUAUAGUUCCAUGUACAUCUCUUACCACCUCUGUGGUAUGGACAAGAACACUACCAAAAUUAACAUCCGAAGCACCAUUAAGAAGCAAUGAUGUGAAUGGAGAUAAAAUUAAGGAUAUUAUCAUCGGUUUUAGCACAGGGUUAGAUGCAAUAGAAGCACCAGAAUACUUUUGUACAUUGUACUUUGGAAGUCAAACGCCUUGUUUGGGCGGUGUAUUGGCUUUAGAUGGUAAAACUGGUGAAACCAUUUGGACUCAUUGGACAGCACACGCGAUUUUUUCAAUCGAUUGUGGUAUGGACUUAACGAGUGAUAGGAUCAAGGAUUGCAUUGCUUCCGGACGCGGUGGAAUAUUGCAUGCAAUUAAUGGCCACGACGGAUCAAGUAUUUGGGAGUUACCUUUGCAAGAUUUGGCCACUCCUGGUCAACAAAGAAUCUUAGAUGUUUACGACGCUAGAUACAUGCCUGACAUCGACGAGGAUGGGGUUGGUGAUGUCAUAGCAUCGCACACUCUACAAUCGGGUGGGACUCGCAACAGCGAGAUACUCAUAUUAUCAGGAAAGACUGGUAGCAUUAUUCAUAGUGUUGCACUUCCUGAAACAGAGCAAUUAUUCUUAGCUCCGCAAACUUUUAUACAUCCUGAUGGCGAGAAUAUCUUCGUAAUAGCUACCAGUAGUCAAAGACAAUCAGGAGGACUUUACAUAGUACCACAAUCAAAUUUAAUUUAUGGAGACUUGAAACUACGUAAACUUCAUCACAAAGCAGGAAAGAAGGUCCUUUUAUCUCCUGUUCUUGCUGACAUUACUUCAGACGGUACCGAAGAUAUCAUCGCGGCUAUGCUUAACUCUACCAUAAUAGCAUAUAAUGGUAUAACGUUCGAACAAAUUUGGAAUUACACUGUGCCGAAUUCUGAAGUAAUCAGCGUUCCCAUUCCUGGGUAUUACAAUGACGAUGAUGUUCCUGAUUUUAUGGUGAAACAUCAGAUAGGUCCGGGAUUUCCUAAUUAUUACUACACGGUAGCAACAGUUAUAGAUGGGAAGACUGGCAAAGUCUUACUUGAAAAGUCUGUUGAAGAUAGUAUGAGCGGACAAAUGUCAGGUCUAUCAGUGACAGUCGAUGGUUUUGGUAAUGAUUGGUUCCUCCAUUGGUCAGCUGAUUGUCUGAACCAUGAAGCUUCAAAGAUAGAAUAUCAGUUUCUGAAGACUGAGAGUCUAAUUUCUCAAACGCGUGCGGAUCUCUGUAAAUUGCUAUUCAAUUCGACGCUCACCACUAAGUUAUUGGCUUUGAGUCAACAUGUCGAGCCACCCGGUAUACCAUUAUAUAUCUCUGACGAUUGGAAGAAAUUAGAAUUCAACAACUCCAUUGAUCCCAGAAGGGAAGCGGAAAAAUAUCUUGAAACGCAUCCGGAUUUCGAAGCUAUCAAUAAUAAUAUGGAUGACGUACCUGCAGUUUCUGAGAGAUCGCCUCGUGUUCGCAAACCUCAUCACAAGACGAGUAGUUUCCGUCAUAAGGAGAACAAUGACCUCUUUGCCGAACAGAACAAUUAUUAUCCCAAUCGCAGAGUGUCCAAGGGAAAAAGUAUAAAUUAUGAGAAUUCGGAAAAUUUCAAAGAAAUCGAUGAAUCGCUCGAUAACGAUCAAGAUUUGAAAGUAGUGCCUCACGAGUUCGGGAAUGGUGAGGAAUGGAGAGAAACUAAUAAGUGGGAGGACGAGAUUGGACAAUCUGAAAAAGAUCUAGACGUGUUGUACGAGGAGGGCGACCCUCGUGGUAUGGAUACGUCUCAAAUGAAUGAGAUACGUGAACAGCGUAGCGAUGCGAAUGAUAUGAGAACAAUUAACAAUGAUACGAACGAAUUUCAGAAUCAAUUAGACCCAGGCAUGGAUUAUACAAAUGGUCAAACUAAAUAUAAUAAUUAUUAUCCUCUAGAAACUACUAAUAGAUCGACGAAUAGCAAGAAUACGGAGACCUAUUUAAACAUCUCAGAUUAUGACUUUGUGGAUGACGAGGAUAGCAAUGAAGAUAACGAUUUACCGAACGGAAAGGAGAAACGCCAAGCAUACGAUGAAAAUGACAAAUUAGGGACUGUGGGUCAAAAAGAAAUAAUAAUUGGUAAAGUAGAUGACUACGGAAGUAGCGAUACUUUUUUACCUAUAGUAAAGAAAAAGAAGAAGGCAACGUUAACUGACUUUGAAAGAAAACUGAACCCUAUUGAUAGCCAUGACAUUAAAAUGGAAGACAAUGUAAUUGAUAAAGAUAAACAUAUAACCUUACGGAAUAUUGAAUUACACGAGAGUAUAGAGAUACUUCCCAUCUCUGAAGCGUUACUUGAAAAUAUGUCAAGCAAUGCCGACGUGAGUAAACGCGAUGAGUCGAGUGUUAACUUCAUACGCGGUGUUAAUAAGGCAGUAAAAAAUAUGAAUAAGUCGACAAGAUUCGAAGGUGAUUUCCUUAGUAAAAUUAUAAUUGCUAAAAGGAAGUCGACACCAAGUACCAAGAACAUCAAUAUAGGAAGGAUCUUUAAGCGUGAAUCUUUAAAAAAUUUGAAAAAAUUAAUAAAUAAUCAGAAGCUAGCAAAAGAUGAAAAUAUAAUAAAGAUAAGUAACCGUAAAAGGAAACGGGGUGCUCAAGUAAACGAUGAUAAAUCGAAUACAAUAGAAGGAAUACAAAGACAACCACCGACUGGAAUAUUGUUGCCAUCAUUAACAACUGCACCCGACAAGACCUCCGUUGAUAUUGUAUUCUCCACGUUUUGGCUACCACCAUCAGAAGCGUCCAUCAUACUACUUCCGCAGGAUUUAGAAUGCAUCAGCAGAAAAAAAGCCGAACUGGAUAGCAAAGUCCAAGACCUUGAUAAUGAGCAGACAGUUAGUGAUUGUUUAACAGAACGGGGAUUUAAUUACAAACUGUAUCAGGAAUCAGUAGAUCGAGAGAAUGUGAGGAUAGCACUGGGACAAAUGACCGUGUACAGAAUGAAACUUGAAUGUGUUUGUCCAGAAGACAUGUUGCCUGGACAAACAUGUAAAAAUAUUUCACGUGAACAAAGUUGGCCUGCCCAUCUAGGUUCAUCUGCCAAUGGAUACUUCAAGCCAUUACGAAGACCAAGUACCUGAAACAAUUGAACCUAUUGUAAAAGAUACUACUACUGUUAUCAUGAAUGACAAUUAGUGCUUCAAAGAUUAUCAGCGCAUUUUCAUUGUCAGUUCGCAAUACGAAAUGUGGAUCAAUAUUCUUGAAAGUUAUUGGCUUCUAUAUUAGUAUCGAUUAUCUGCAAGUCGAAGUUACCUAGAGAAGGUUUCAUUUGUGAAUCGAUGAGGAGAAUGGAUGUGAUCGUUAGCAAAUUGAAAAGUGUCCCAAAUUAUAUAUUCUAUAAUGAUACAUUCAUUUUGAUAGAUUUAAUUAUAACACUGAUGCAGUAGAUUUAAUAGCUACAAAUGUAUAAGAUUCAACCUUAUUGUGGAGAUUAUGCUGCUUUAGUCUCGAUGGUCGUACACUAUUUAAUUCUUUAUAAUUUCAUGGAUCCAUGGUACGCGUAAUUAUAGACAUCACUGAUUAUCACGAUUGGAAACUAUCUUUUUAUAAACACCUUGUCCUUAAGAGUUUAAUACAACAUGUAAUUUUAAUACAUCGAGAAUAAACAGCAUUGACCAUUUUCAUUUGGGAUUAUUUUAAAUUUGCUGGCACCUGUCAAUUUAAUGUAGCAUGAUUCCAUUGUAAUAUUAGUUUAUAUUUAAACAUUGUAAAACAAUUUGAUUGUUGGUGGUACUACAGAAUCAAUAAACAGUUAUU